AUGGCCGGCAACGUCCCCGUCACACAGUCGCUAGACGACAUCUACCCCGAGGAUGCCCUCCAAGGCCAACGCAAGAGAUGGAGCAACCUGCUGUCCUCGUUCAAGGAAGCCUACGGCCGCCCCGCCGAAUUCGUGUCACGCAGUCCCGGUCGCGUCAACCUGAUCGGCGAACACAUCGACUACUCUCUGUAUGAGGUUAUCCCCAUGGCCGUGACGGCCGAUGUGCUGCUCGCCGUCGCCGUCUCCCCCGCCAAUGGCUCACCCACCGUCCGCAUCGCCAACGUUCAGUCGGACAAGUUUGCGACCCGCUCCUUCGCCAUCGCACAAGAUGGAGGGGUCGACAUUGACCCUACAUCGCACGAAUGGACCAACUACUUCAAAUCCGGCCUGCGUGGUGCCACCGAGCUGCUCAAGAAGCACGGCGUUUCCGGCCUUGGUCAAUUGAACAUUGACAUCCUGGCUGAUGGCACCGUCCCUGCAGGUGGCGGUUUGUCCAGCAGUGCCGCCUUUGUCUGUGCCAGCGCUCUGGCAGUCAUGAGGGCCCACGGUCAAGAGACGGUCGACAAGAAGGAGCUCGUCGAGCUGGCUGUUGUUUCCGAGAGAGCCGUCGGCGUCAACUCCGGCGGUAUGGACCAGGCUGCUUCUGUCUUCUCCCAGAGAGGUUCUGCUCUGUAUGUCGGUUUCCAGCCAGAACUCUCUGCUCGCACCAUCGAGUUCCCCCAGACACACACUCCUUUGACCUUUGUCAUUGCCCAAUCCUUUGUCGCCGCCGACAAGCACGUCACCGCUCCCGUCUGCUACAACCUCCGUGUCGUUGAGUGCACACUAGCUGCUCGUGUAUUGGCUAGCAUAUGUGGCCUGAAGAACUUGCCCGAUGACUCGUCUCCCUUGGGUUUCAGUCUACGCACUUUCCACGACAGCUACUUCAAGAAGAAGGGUGCCGUUGGAGACGACGUCAAGGACUUCAGAUCUCAGCUCGACCAGCUUGUUCACAUUGUCGACAACUACUUGCCACAAGAAGAAGGAUAUACCCGUGAGCAGAUCUCAGAGCUCAUGGGCACAUCUGUGGACGAGCUGGAGAAGAGAUAUAUGACCAAGUUCCCUGUUCGCGCCGACACCUUCAAGCUCAGACAAAGAGCUAUGCACGUCUUUGGCGAGGCUGUGCGCGUGCUGAAGUUCAUGGACCUGCUACAGUCGCCUACUCCAUCUGAUGACAAGNNGGAGAGCGAAGAGCUCCUCAAGAGUCUAGGAAACCUAUUGAACGACACACAAGAAUCAUGCCGCGAUAUCUACGAGUGUUCAUGCCCCGAGCUUGAUGAGCUGUGUCAACUUGCUCGCUCGGCUGGUGCAUAUGGCAGCAGACUGACCGGUGCUGGAUGGGGCGGUUGUAGUGUGCACCUUGUGCCUCAGGCCAAGGUCGAGGCCGUCAAGAAAGCAUGGGAAGAAAAGUAUUACAAGAAGCGAUUCCCCGACAUGGACGCCGCAAAGCUGCAGGACGCCAUUGUCGUGAGUAAGCCUGGUAGUGGAAGCACUCUCUUCCAAGUCGCCGGUAGGGAGAGUCUUUAG